AUGAAUGUUGUACUUUAUAAGACAUUUUUUCCACACAAGAUUGUGCUGAAUUAUUUCAUGAAAUUGUUUUAUUCAGAGUUAAAACAUAGAUAACGUGGCAAAGCAGCUGUCACAAUAUUAGGAAGUAACAUGACGUUACUCAGUAGCCGAAAAAAAACCUAAAUAUUGCGUUUGAAACCGAUGAAACCCCCGCCUUCAGCGGUCAGGGUGCACAGCACUUCUCUUCAGCGUGGCCAGGCCAGGUCACAAGUUUCCAAGAACGGCCCCUGAGCAAUCUCACACUCGCGACAUGGAGGGCGGUUCCUAAACCCGGGAGACGGAGGCUCGAAACGCAGUUUAACCGUGUCAAAGUUCCUGGGAGCUGCCGCCCUGUGAGACCCAACAGGUGGAAUGACGAACCAUACCCUGCAACCCAACGGCAUGCAGAGUCUCCGGAAGGAGCACCUGUACAAGGUGCUGGUCAUCGGAGACCUCGGAGUCGGGAAGACCUCCAUCAUCAGGCGCUACGUUCACCAGACCUUCUCUAGUAACUACAGGGCCACGAUCGGAGUGGAUUUCGCCUUGAAAGUCUUGAACUGGGACUCUGAGACUGUCCGGCUUCAGCUGUGGGACAUUGCAGGUCAGGAACGAUUUGGGAACAUGACGCGCGUGUACUACCGCGAAGCCUUCGGCGCCUUCAUUGUGUUUGAUGUGACGCGGCCAACCACCUUUGAGGCCGUCAUUAAGUGGAAGGAAGACCUGGAUUCGAAAGUAAUGUUGGCUAAUGGACAGCGCAUCGCCACCGUGCUGCUGGCUAAUAAGUGUGAUCAGGGCAGGGAACUGAGCAACAAUGGCAUCAAAAUGGAUCAGUUCUGCAAGGACCAUGGCUUUGUUGGUUGGUUUGAGACGUCAGCAAAGGACAAUCUCAAUAUCAGCGACGCUGCAAACUUCCUGGUCAAGCACAUAAUGGCCACAGAGAAUGACAUCCUAAAGUCUGUGGUGCCAGACACCAUCUCCCCGCAGUUGGACUCCAGCAGACAGAUGAGCUGCUCCGGAUGCUUCAAAUAAUCAAGUAAUGGAAGGAAGUAAGAAAGGAUGAAUGAACAUGUGAGAACGGAGAAAGGACAGGACUUUAAAGGAAAUCCUACACGGUGUGCAGAAUGGAGCAGCACGGAGUCUGUGUGACACGAAGUCGAACAUUUAUUUGUUUCUAGUGACCAAAGCUAACACCUCUCUUUUUUUUAGAGUGCCUCUGAAUUGUGGUCAUAAUGCAUUUCUGGAGAUUUCUGGUAACACCACUGUCUAAACUGUUUUGAAUAAUACUACAGUAACCAUUUUCAAGAGUAACAGGUAUAUUUCUUUUACGAAGAUUGUCUUCUUUCUUCUCACACAACUUUCUCGCAUUAAUGAUCAAAGCGAUGUAACUGACCCAGCAAAGCGUAGGCGCAGUGGAUUCAACAUUUACAUGGACUUAGUGAUGGACUUGCAGUGUUUUGGUAAAAAAAAAAAAAAAAACUCAUUACUUCUCUGUUUGCUUUUAAAGCUGUUGGAUGCUGUACUCUUGGAGACUGUGGGUUUCCUUAAUGUUAUUCUAACAAGGCAUAGAGAGGGCUGUGCACCACUGUGAGUGAAGCACACGAGGUAGCUCUGUGUUCGUCUGCACAUAUUUUUAUUAUUUUGAUUUUAAGUUAUUUACUAAGUGCUUUUGUGAGUAUUUUAAGGUGCGUGUUGAGUUUGAAAAUACAUCCACCAACAGACCGUGUACGAAUUAUUUAAGUUUGGACCUUAAGUAAGAACACAGUGUUAUUUAUAGUAACAGCGUGGUUAGACUGUGCCAAUGUGAAUUGAUAAAACAUCCUGGAGUUGAGGCUGCUGCAACAGUUAAAGGUCGAUGUGACUUUUCAGACAUAAUGAUUACCAUUUUUUUUUUUUUUUAUAUCAGAGCUAAAUAAAAUGUGUGUGUGGUAGGCUUGCAAAACACAUGGAGUUUUUUAAUCUUAAUGUUGUAAACUGAACACACUUCAAUUCGUCCACCAAAACCUCAGUAUCCAUGGUAACAGGAAUCUUUUUAUGGGGUUUGCUCUACCAUCUAUGUAGAACUGUGUCUCGCUGCGCCGUGCACACAAACACACACUAAAGCUCACAUAAAGACGCUGCAUGUCCUCUCUCCUACUCACUGGCUUUGUUGUUGUUUCACAGUUUUUUUUUUCCCAUGUCUUCCUUUUUGAAUUUAAAGGUUAUUUCUGCUUGUCAGAGUCCUGCUAUUACUAGUCAGCUGAGUGUUGUGCACAAAGCCAACAUUUGCCUUCUACUUCUAACCAUUAGAUUCUAAGCUGGUGGCGAGUCUACAUCAAUCAACGUCUGACCAAAAUAAAAACUAUACACCAUAAUUGCUGGCAUGCCUUAAGAUGUGUAAAAAGUGUUGAGCUAAAUUCAUCUUUCAUCGCAGUAGUGAGGUAGCAUACUGAGAUAUUUAGCACAAUUUAAGUGUGCAAUUUGAGUUUAUUUAUUAAAAUGCUAAAUUAAGAAAUAGCCUUUUUUUUAAGCAAAGUUGCAAGGGUCACAUUAGUUUUCUCUACAGCAUCCAGAAAGAGUGAUCUCUGAUCAUUCCUCUUUCUGGAUGACCCAGAGUCCUGGUUCCCUACAUAUGGAUGCUUCUUUUCAUCUCUUCCCACAAAAAUGGGUUGAUUUUGAACCAUUUCUGUGGCACUUCGGACAUAAUGUUUUAGACCUUUACCCUUUGUUGUUUAGUUUAACAUUUUUCUUCUGACUGAUCCGACUUGAGUCUGAUCGACAGUCUGUGGGUGGAGCUGAAGAUCAGAGUCACAGCAAGACUUGGAUCUCAUCAACACAUUUAAGUUAUCAAAAACCAGCGGAAACAUGUUUUUUUUUUUAUCCAAACUCAUUUUUCUAUUUCAAAAUUGAUGUUGCGGUUUGAUUGUUUGAUUUGAGAGAUGCCUGCUAAGAAGUUUUAGUUAAAUAAAUUUCUUGGUUGUUUAACGACUUGACCACCUUACCACCGCUUUACCGUAUGAAACUUUCUGUGCUGAUUUUUAUUGCGAUUUUUAUUGAAUUUGAAAUAAAUCCUAACUAGAGAAAAUGUUUUGGCUAAUUUUGAGUGUUUUCUUGAAGCCAUUUCCUGUUAUGCUUGAAUGCAACAUUGCCUUAUGUUUCUCACUUUAAUGUGUGAAUAAGAGCAAUUAACGUUUGUUUCACAUUAUGUUCAUACUUCCUGUUUAAUUAUGUAUUCUUAUUUAAACAUUUAUUGACACAGUGAUCUGGUUAAACUGUUAGAGAUGACCAAAAAUGAUGAUUUAAGGGGAUUUUUGUUUUCUCCCACUAACAGCAUGUAUUUUGAAAUCAUAGUUGGUCCUGUUUACAACUAUGAUUUCCAUGUUCCAAAGGAAUUUUUUGUAUGUUCCAGCUUAUAGUAAUAACUUAACAAAAUUGUUUAUUUGACUUCCAAGACUAGAGUCAAGACUGCUUUACAUUAAAUUUAUAAAUGGAGAAUUUGUACAGUAAAAUGCAAUAAAUUAGUUGUGAUACAGAAGAUAAACAUUAGCAAGCUCAAGAAUAUGUUUAGCUCUGAAUAUAUAAUAGCAAAGGUUAGUUAUAAAGACUAGAU